AACACUAUAAAGCGCGCCCGAAGACGACUUGGAUGGGUACGAACAGGUACCAAGUACUGCCAGCUUAUCAGACUUGAAAACAGAGUCAAACGCCUGAAAUAUGCCCUUGAAUGCCUCCAAAGAAACGACGACUUCAGAGAUGUCGUUUUCACGGAUGAGUCAUCGGUAGAAAUGGACCGACAUUCAAGAAUGACUUUUCGCAACGUGCAUGACGGAAGUAAACGGCGCUUGAAGCCAAAACCAAAACAUCCGUACAAACUUCACGUUUGGGCAGGCAUCAGUUGCCGUGGCUCGACGAAGAUCUUCAUCUUCGACGGCAUCAUGCGUAAAGACUUCUACACGGACACGAUUCUAAAGGAGGGUCUAUUACCUUUCCUGAAACAGCGCUACCCCGAUGGGCACCGUUUCAUGCAGGAUAACGACCCCAAGCACACCAGCAAGUACGCAGAUGAUUUCAUGAAGAAAGAGAACAUCAAUUGGAUAAAGUCGCCUGCAGAGUCACCGGACAUGAACCCCAUCGAGAUGGUCUGGAAUGAAAUGAAAUGUUUCUUACGAAAGAUUCACAAGCCUACGACGAAGGAUGAACUGAGAGAAGGACGAACUGAGAGAAGGAAUCACAAAGUUCUGGACAACACGGAUGACUCCAUCGAAGUGUCGAAGCUACAUUUCGCAUCUCAGAAAAGUAAUCCCAGCUGUUGUCGUUUGUGGUGGAGAGGCAACCGGUUACUGAAAUCGUUUAUUGAUCAGACACGUUUGCUGGCUUCAUCAGUUUGCAUGUUAGGUAUUUCAUUUGGGUUUAUUGCUGUUAAUUUCUGCUGGGCCGAAAGCCGCAACCGAUCGAGCACUUGCCGAGCCGGUCGCGCCCCGCGCCAGGCCCCGCAUUGCAUCCCAUGA